AUGUCCUCCCUCACCAGACUCGCCAGACUCACCGCCCUCAAGCAACCUCUCGGCCGCGCAGCCUUCACCACCUCGACACCCCAAUUCUCGCGCCUCCGCCAACCCGGCGAACCCACAGGCCCCAACGAACCGCCCUCGCACAUUUCCGCCCCGCCAUCCAAGAGCCCCCUCAAAGUUUGGCCCAUCCUGCUGAUUUUGGCCACGGGCUCCUUCGUCUUCAAGCAGAUUGUCGACCAGCGCAAGGGAGAGGCACAAGGAAAGGGACCGGGCUCGGGGAUACCUAAUUCAGGCAACUCAGGACACGCCAGCAAGAUAGCAAUCAUGCCAGCCAUCGAGAAGCUCGGCGCCGCGUCGCGCACCUCGCCACUCUGGUCUGCCGACGAUGUCACCCUCCUGUUUGUCCUCGGCGGCCCUGGUGCUGGCAAAGGUACACAAUGCCAGAACAUCGUGGCCGACUACGGCUUCAAGCACCUCUCCGCCGGCGACUUGUUGCGCGAGGAACAGGACCGGCCGGGCAGCGAGUUCGGCGAGAUGAUCAAGACGUACAUCAAGGAGGGCACUAUUGUGCCCAUGGAAGUUACCAUCCAGCUGUUGGAGAAUGCUAUGAAGCACGCCAUGGAGACGGAGAACAAGAAGCUGUUCUUGAUUGAUGGCUUUCCCCGCAAACUCGACCAAGCACACGCCUUCGAGCGCACUGUCGUGCCCUCCAAGUUCACUCUUUUCUUCUCCUGCAGCGAGGAGACCAUGCUGCAACGUCUGAUGAAGCGCGGCGAGACGUCGGGCCGCGCCGACGACAACAUCGAGUCCAUCAAGAAACGUUUCCGCACGUUUGUUGACACGAGCAUGCCCGUUGUCGAUGAGUUUGAGGGACAGGGACGCGUCGUCAAGGUCAAUGCGGAGCAGGCGCCCAAGGACGUCUAUCGCGCCGUGCAGGACAAGUUCAAAGAGAGGGGUCUGCACACUGUCUAG